GCAGUCGGUGAGCAUUGUCCAAAUAAAAAUGGAGUCAGUGGACCAAAAGCUAGAUUUCGACAGUUAGGAGAAAUUAAAUCCCCGAUUUCACGCAUUCUUUUUCACUGUUUGUUGUUGGAUUCCAUAACUGAUAACACUAUUUCAUCAUUGUAUCGCAAAAUCUCAAAUCUAGUUCUACCCACUAUGCAUUCAUCUUUCAAUACUACCAAUUUCCUGCUCUUACUCUUCGUCACCAUUGUCUUAUCAAAUCUCCAAGUUAGAUCUGAUGAUGAAGACGAUCUUCUUCAAGGCAUCAACAAGUACAGGGCAUCUCAGAACUUGACAACCCUCACCAAGAACGAAAACGCAGCAUGUCUUGCAGAAGAAAUGGCUGAGCAAUACAAGAACCAACCCUGUACAAACAGCACAGGGGCCAACACUGUACCAGGCACCGAGAAUCAAUUUCCUAACUACCCGGAACUUCUAGCUCAUUGCAACUUAAACAUCAGCAACACUAGAGAUGGCAUGAUAAUGCCUACUUGCGUCCCAAACUUGGAGCCAGACCUUGUGCUUACCAAUUUUACAAAAUCCCAGUAUUCGGGUAGUCUAAACGAGUCCACUUAUACAGGAGCUGGUAUUGGCUCUGACGGGAACUGGAUUGUCGUAGUUCUUACCACUAAUUCUUCAACCGGCAGCUACGAAACAUACAAGGGUUCCGGUUUCGUUUCUAGACCUAGUCAUCUGUACUAUUUGAUUGCAUUCUUGAUGGGAUGUCUAUUUUUGUUAUAAAAGCUCAAUUGGGUGGUCACGUAUUUCAAUUGUAUCAUUCAUUUUGUAUGUCCUUGCUUGAAGGCAACCUUAUGAGAGUUUUAAUUGUCAAAUUAAAUAUGUGCAUGGAGAAAAUUGAUUUCUUUUACCGAA